CGGCAAUGGUGCACCUGUUGCAGCUUUGGCAAUCGGAACUUAUAGUUUAGUCUUGCCUAGUGGUCUAAUGUUGGAAUUAAACGAUUGCUUGUACGUUCCUGCAAUUAGCAGAAACAUUAUUUCUGUUUCAUGUCUUGAUAAGAGUGGUUUCAUCAUUUCUAUUAAAGACAAGUCCCUUUCCGUUUACAGAAAGAAUGUUUUCUAUGCUAAUGCCAACAUGACCAAUGGGUUAUAUGUCCUUGACUUGGACAUGCCUGUCUAUAACAUAUCAGCCAAGAGGAACAAACCGAACGGUUUGAACCAAACAUACCUAUGGCAUUGUAGGUUAGGCCAUAUAAACGAGAAACGCAUAUCCAAGCUACAACAGUCGGGAAUACUGGAGUCAUUUGAUCUUGAAUCAUAUGACACAUGCGAAUCUUGUUUAUUGGGUAAGAUGACCAAAUCUCCUUUCACCGGACACGGUGAAAGAGCUGGUGAUCUUCUGGCACUCAUUCAUAGUGAUGUGUGCAGGCCUUUCAACACAACUGCACGAGGAAACGAUAUUCCUACUUUAACCACUGUCAAAACGUGGUUGAGUAAGAGUUUCUCUAUGAAGGACUUGGGAGAUGCCAGUUAUGCACUUGGCAUAAGGAUCUAUAGGGAUAGAUCACAGAAGCUGUUAGGUCUCAGUCAAAGUACAUACAUAGACAAGGCUCUCGCUAGAUUCGGCAUGUCUGAGUCGAAACGAGGAAGUUUGCCUAUGGUCCAAGGCACGAGUCUUUCCAAGACUCAGGGUGCUUCCACUCCGGAGGAAGUAGAACGCAUGAGAAAUGUUCCUUAUGCGUCGGCCAUUGGAUCCAUCAUGUAUGCGAUGGUCAUCCAGAAACCGAACAGCGGAAUGCUCACUGUCGGGUUGGGUGGUAUCCCCAAACGAGUUCCUUUAGUUUGGUUUGUAGAUCCCAAAUCCAAAGUUUAUGGCUACGGCGGUAGAUUUAGGAAGGGAUUGUUAAGACGAAAAAUUAAACUUGCCUAUGGAGGAGGUAGUGUUGGCCUUCAAGGAGCUGUUGCUUCAACAGUCUUUACCAAUGGUGGUCUCGUUAGAGGUUUCAUUCCUGGGUACAUAGCAACAAGACGGGUCUAUGGACCUACGUACGGUGUAGAGCACAAAGUUUCCAGCAAUUACUACAAAUAUUUUGAGAUGAAUCAUGCCGUGGAAGCUUUCAUUUUUCUUCGUGGAGGAGUUGACACUAUGGACGGUUUGUUUACCUUGAUCUCGUGGGCUUCUGAAGGGUUACACAAUAGACCCAUUGGUCUUUUAAACAUUGACGGUUAUUUCAAUAACCUUCUCAAAUUCUUAGACGAUGCGGUGAGACAGAACUUCAUGGCUUCCAGUCAGAGGAAACUUUUUAUUCAUUCUUUCUUUGUUGAUGAGCUUUUAGACAAACUAGAGUUUGCUAAAGCUUUCCCGGGUCCUGGAGCCGGUUACGACUGUUGGAGUUGUGCCCUGAUGGCCAACUGUUCAUCGUUAUCCUAUCACGUAUAGGCAGAUAUAAUAUGUUUACACAUCUCAUGCUAAUGUAAACAAAUAUUAUAUUCCUAGAUUUAUAUUUAAAAGAUGUUUAUCUCUAUCACAAUAAGACGACUACUCUGAUUGUAGAACUUUAUUUAUAAAUAGAUUUACAGCAUAAAGAUUGUGAUAGACUCCGGCGUUGUUCGUGUGUCAAAGUUGGAGACCGGACGCUUGAACGGUUACGUUUGCACUUUCAACGCUCUUCCUACGACUUCUUCGUUUCUACCGCUUACGGAGAAAGGUACAAAUUUCUUACUACUAUAAGUUUAAGUACGUGAUUCUGGGCAAGAUAAUCAUGUUAGGAUGUUAAAAUUUUUAUAUUCCGCUGCCUAUCCUUGCAUGGUUACCUUUCAGUGGUAUCGGAGCCAACGUACAAAACUAUAGUUUUACGUUUGACUUUUAAAAUUUUAAAAGUCAAAGUUUUAACUUGGUAAUUAUUAAUAUUCAAAAAUUGGUAAAAUGAUUUUAUUUAGUCUUGGAAUAAGUAUUGGACUUAAAU